CGCGCGGCCGGAGCCCAGUAGACGGAAGGACGGAGCCGCCGCAGCACAACAGCUUCCCCGAGCCCAACAUGGCGCUGGCCGCCGCGGCGCCCUGAGCCCAGCCCCGGCCUCGCCGCCCCGCGCGGACCUUCCCGCCCCACCCCGCCGGGGCCAUGGGCAGAGCGGGCGGCAGCCGCCGGCCAGGCCGCGCCUAGAGCCCCGCCGCGCGGGCAUGGGAGAGCGGCGCUAGGCGCCCCGCAGCGACCCCCGCCAGGCCCCGCCGCAGGCAGCCCCUCCCGGCCGGAGCCGCAGCCAGAGCCAGCCGCGGGCGGCGCCCGGCCGCCAUGGCCCACUCGCCGGUGGCCGUGCAGGUGCCCGGCAUGCAGAACUAUAGAGCAGACCCAGAAGAACUGUUCACAAAAUUAGAACGCAUUGGAAAAGGCUCAUUUGGUGAAGUCUUUAAAGGAAUUGAUAAUCGAACGCAGCAAGUGGUUGCUAUAAAAAUCAUAGACCUUGAAGAAGCAGAAGAUGAAAUAGAGGACAUACAGCAAGAGAUAACUGUCUUAAGUCAGUGUGAUAGUCCUUAUGUAACAAAAUACUAUGGAUCAUAUUUAAAGGGCACAAAGUUAUGGAUAAUAAUGGAAUACUUGGGUGGAGGAUCAGCUUUAGAUCUUCUACGGGCUGGUCCAUUUGAUGAAUUCCAGAUUGCUACUAUGCUAAAGGAGAUCUUGAAAGGUCUAGACUACCUACACUCGGAGAAGAAAAUUCACAGGGAUAUAAAAGCUGCCAAUGUCUUGUUGUCAGAGCAAGGAGAUGUUAAACUUGCUGAUUUUGGAGUUGCUGGGCAGCUGACGGAUACACAAAUUAAGAGGAAUACCUUUGUAGGCACACCAUUUUGGAUGGCCCCUGAAGUUAUACAGCAGUCGGCUUAUGACUCAAAAGCUGACGUUUGGUCUUUGGGAAUCACUGCUAUUGAACUAGCCAAAGGAGAGCCACCCAACUCUGACAUGCAUCCAAUGAGAGUUCUGUUUCUUAUUCCAAAAAACAAUCCUCCAACUCUACUAGGAGAAUUCAGCAAACCUUUUAAAGAAUUUAUUGAUGCGUGUCUGAAUAAGGACCCAACAUUUCGCCCAACUGCAAAGGAACUCCUGAAACACAAAUUCAUUCUGAAAAAUGCCAAGAAGACUUCUUAUCUGACAGAACUUAUUGACAGGUUUAAGAGAUGGAAGGCGGAAGGGCACAGUAGUGAUGAAUCGGAUUCGGAUGGUUCUGAUUCGGAGUCCAGCAACAAAGAGAACAAUUCUCAUCCUGAAUGGAGUUUUACUACAGUUCGAAAGAAGCCAGAUGCAAAGAAACUGCAGAAUGGAACAGAUCAAGACCUUGUGAAAACCCUGAGUUGUUUAACUAUGAUAAUCACACCUGUGUUUGCUGAGCUUAAACAGCAGGACAUAAAUAAUGCUAGCAGGAAGAAAGCAAUUGAAGAACUUGAGAAGAGCAUCACUAUGGCAGAAUCUACAUGUCCAGGGAUCACAGAUAAGAUGGUGAAGAAACUUAUGGAGAAAUUUCAGAAGUUUUCUGUUAAUGACUCAUCCUAAGAAACUUCUCAUAAAUGACUGCUGUUUCCUAUGGACCCAGUGAAACCCACCAAAACUACUUCAAGCUUGGCAGUGCUUAGCUCAUGAGCUCCUUGUGCCUUUUGGAUCUUUGCAACGUAUUGAUGAUGAGGACGAUGAUGAUGAUGAUGAUCAAGGAUUUGGAAGAACGUACUUAACUCUUUUGUGAUGGUGUACAUGGUUUUAUAUUUUCAGGAAAUUAUUUUGUAAAGAACAACUUUUAAUAUUGUAGUUUCAUCUGUUUAAUCAGAUAAAUGUUGAGGUGCAGUUUUGCUUUUAGAUGUGGCCAUUACUUUAGUUAAUAGGAAGUGCAAGUAUGGUAUGUUUUGAUGCUCUUUUGUUACUGUACAUUGAUGGGAACGUACAGGUCUUUUGUAUUCUUAAGUUAACUUUUGUAAAUCACUAACAAGCUUCAGAAAUAGCUUUUUUUUCACAAGCAUAUUCAAAACAUGUAAUGUAGUGGGUAGGGUGUUGCUGUAGCACCUGCUUCCAUCACCAUAGUUUUAUCAUACCCUGAAACUAAACCUGCAACAAUAUCUAUUAUACUUCUAAAUUGGUACAGUAUUUUAGGCAGCUCUAUGAUUAUACACAUUUGAGAGCAAUAUGUCCGUAGUUUGCAGGUGAUAUGUAGCAGCAGGUAUAUCCUGAUGUACAGUAGAUGUAUUACCUUUUAGAACAGAUUUAGAAGUAGUAAUUAAAUCUUAUUCAUCAUGGUAGGAAAUUUAAAGCAAUACAGAUGCGGGGUUGGGGGGAGGGCCUUUGGCAAUAAUGGACAGAAAUUGAAGUCCAAUUUAAUUUAAAUUUCUUUCUUUUGAGUAUAAAAACAGCGCAUUGUAUGCUUGGGUGGGAGGUAGCCAGAGAGAAGUCGGGUGUCAUGUGAUAAAUACCUCACAAGCAGGUAUCCGUAUAACACCAGCGUUUUGUGUGGUGGUGGUGGCGUUUUCCUGUAAAAUAUUUAUACACUUCUGUUCUUAAAGUACAUUAAAUGCAGUACAUCAACAUCACUUGUUUAUAAUUUUCUGAAAGUGUAUUUUAAAUAUGUAUUUACCAGUUAAUAUGCAAAUAAUUGAGUUAUAGAUAUUCUUUCACAAAAAGGUAGUACUGUGCAGUACAGAAUGAUUUUUUUUCCCCUAAAGUAGGUAAGACUAUAAAAUUGCUUUCAGUUAUAUAUUUAUGGUACUGCUAGAUGGGUAAUAUCCUUUUUUCUUUUCAACCCAGUAUGUAUAUUAUGCUGAAGUUUUGAACUGGGAUUGUAUUUCAGUACUUAGCUGUGGAACUGUUGGUGUAAAUUUAUUUUUGAUAAAGGCUGGAUGUGUUUAUUUUAUGGUUCCUGCACAUUUUGUUUUUGCACAAAAGUCAUUUUAAAGAAAUCUGAAAUAUAUCUGCCAAAUAUCGAAAAAGUAACGGUGUGCAAACAAAUACUGCAUUUUUAGUCAAAAGUUGCCAUGACGUCGUUUUUAUAUAAAGGACACUCGUGAGAGAUGGUGGUUAGACAUGCCAAGGACAAUUAUUUUCAAUGGUGCCUACACUGUAAAAAUUACUUUUAACUCCUUGUUUUAAUUUUAAAGAAAUGUUUCUGUUUAAAACUUUUCAUCUGCUAUAUAACUGAAACUCAAUUAGAAUUUAUAUCUGAGAAAAAAGUCUGGAAAUAGUUUUGAAAACAAUGUUAUGGAUUAAAUAAAUAUUUUUAUAAGUGUAAAAGCAGCAAAAGUUGUAUAUACAGUUGAUCUGAGGCUUUACAAAAUAACUGCAUCACAGAUACAAAUUGUAGUGCUCCUCUAGCUUAUGUAGUUGUUAGUCCUGUAAAUCUGUUUAUAGAUGUAGCUUAUUUCAAUGUUUUGGGGUUUAAAAUGGUUUAAAAAUAAAUAUUUAAGUUCUGUAAACUUU